AUGUCUUGGAACUCAAACAGAAAGACAGCAAGGUGUGACACGAAAGGUCUGUAAUCAGUCUUUCCAUUAACACAUUAAUGAAGCAGUAGAGACAAAAAUAAGGAAGAGUUCAUCCUUCAAACCAAGGACUUGUCAUGUCUUAUUAUCACAAUGAAGCCUUUGAAAAUCCAGACUACCACUUCUCAGAGACACUGGAAAUUGAUAGAAGGGGGAGUUCUCAAAGGAAUCCAUUCUCUCACCAAAGUCCUUAUGAUUCAUCUCUGCAUGGUUCCUAUGGAGAUCACAGAGGGAGAGAGCAGAACUACCCUGUGGCCAUCCCCAUGGCCUCCCUGGGACCUGGCUCUGACUACCAGGAUUUACCCAGCACGAGUCCAUAUGGAAAUUUCACAGAAAAUCUUUCCUUUGAGCCUGAGCCAGAACUGACUUACAGCCCACAUUCUACCUUCCAUCUGCUGGAUUAUCCCUAUACUCAUGGAACUUCCAGUGGAUCAGAAGACAGCUUCAUUCGGAGACGCAACCGCAGACCCCCUGAUGAGAUCUUCAUGACUUCUUCCAGCAUGUCUGAAACAGAUCCAGUGUGCAGUGAAGAGGAAGAUUUAAUUGGAAGUCUUGCAAGUAUGUCCACCAAAGAAAGGAUUAAAGCAAUCCAGAAGAUGCCAGAGACCAUGAGAAAAAAGAGAGAGAUCAGAAAUAAAGUUCUUAAAGAAAUAACAAAAAAAGCAAACCAUCGACCUUCCUGCUGUACACAGUGUCUGCAAGGAGCAGCAGUGUCAUUUCGACGAUUUGGGAACACCCUUUCAGAACAUUUCCACCAACUGAGGGUGUGGCACAAGACUCUGAAGAUCAUUGGUGCUGAGUUUGGAACAAGUGUCCUUUCUUACUUUGUUUUCUUGACGUGGCUGCUGAAUUUUAACAUCUUCUCAUUCCUCAUAAACUUCAGUUUCAUCACAAUUCCUCAGUUUCUUGCAGCAGAACCAAAUAACCUUUCAUUCACGGGCCUGGAGCUGUUCACUGGAGCUGGUUAUUUUCAACGAACAGUGCUCUACUAUGGCUUUUACACCAAUGCUACAAUCAGUAAAAUAGAGAAUGGUCCAUCUUACAACAUGCAGCUGGCCUAUAUUUUUACUGUUGGAAUAUAUUUUGUCAUCUGUUUUCUUAUCUUGUUGUUCAGCAUGGCAAAAUUCUUCUCCAGGAACUUCAUUAACCCUCAGGAACUCUCUGUGAAUGCCAGCAAGCUGCUCUGCACUUGGGACUUCAAUAUAACCAAUGACAAAGCUGUGAAGCUGAAACAGAAGAAUCUCUGCACACAGAUAAAGGAAGGCCUCACUGAAGUAAACAAAGAAGUUCUAAAUUUUUCUGCAAUGGAGAGAACUAUUCGUAUUGGUGUUCAUCUUAUUGCUUGGGUUGCUUCCCUGGGAGUAGCAGUAGCUGCUUGUGCUGGUGUUUACUUCCUCUCCAUUAAUAACCUCGAGCUGUUUAUGAAAGGGUAUAGAAAUGACCUAGAGAGCCAAGCUGCCAUGUUGGUGCUCCCUGUGGUUGUAUCUCUCCUCAACACAUUGAUCCCAUUCUUCUUCUCCUGGCUGGGGCACCUGGAGAAGUUUCAGACUCCUGGACAGCACAUAUAUGUCACUAUCACCAGAAAUAUCAUGCUGAAAAUGUCAAUUGUCGGAAUACUGUGCUACUACUGGCUUAACAUCGUGGCUACCUCGGAAUCACAGUGCUGGGAAACUUUGGUUGGCCAAGAUAUCUAUCAUAUCUAUCGUCUUGUUCUAGUUGACUUCAUCUUUUGUUUGCUUGGCUCUUUCUUUGGAGAGUUUUUACGGAGAAUUAUUGGAACUACAGUCUGCCUGAACCUGGGGCUGCCAGAAUUUGAUAUUGGACGAAAUGUUUUAGAUUUGAUCUAUGCACAGACUUUGACCUGGAUUGGUAUCCUGUUCUCACCUCUGUUGCCUGGUAUCCAGAUGAUAGCAUUUUUUAUAGUAUUUUUUGUGAAAAAGGUCAGUCUGAUGAGGAAUUGCCAGCCCCCUCGCAAAGUCUGGAGAACUUCUCAAAUGAUGACAUCCUUCAUUUUCCUCCUGUUUUGUCCUUCCUUCCUUGGAGUCCUGUCUGUCAUUGGAGUCACUGUCUGGAGGUUAAAGCCUUCAGAAGGAUGUGGUCCUUUCAGAGGUUUGCCUUCCAUGUAUGCUUCAGUUGCUGAGUGGAUUCAAGUACUGGAAAAUUACACUGUCUCAAAAUGGGUUGUGUGGAUCUACCAUAACUUAAUUACAAGUGAACUUUUCUUCUUCAUCCUCUCUAGUUUUGUACUAAUUGUUACUUAUCUUUACUGGCAAAUAAUACAAGGAAGAAAGACCAUGACCAAACUCUUACGUCAGCAAAUUAAUAAUGCAGGGAAAGACAAGAUGCUUCUACUCAAAAAGCUACGGGUACAGCAAAGGGCAAGUCGAAGCUCCUCUGCACUGGGAGGAAGAGGCCAGCAGAGAAGCUCCUCUUCAUACCACCCAUCCAGGCAGCCUGCCCAGGAGGUGCCAGACUACCUAGAAAGGGCAUUUGACAGAAACCAAAAUACAUCCUACAAUGAGCAUCCCUUUUCUGCUGGGAUCUCAAGCAGCAGUGACUAUCUACCAGGAAGAAGAACGGGUCGCAAAAUGCGCCGCGGUUGUUUUGCAGCAGCGGGAUUCGGUGACAGCCUUGCCCCGGGACGGGCAUCACCUCCGCGCAGUCAGGCUCCCUCCACAGCUGACCUCGUGUUUUUGACUAACUAUAAGGAAACUUGUGCCUAACUGCAAAUAAAAGUUCUGUUUAAAAAUAUUUUUCUAACAGAUAUUUUUUUAAAAAGAGCUUUUGU